AUGCAUGUGCCUCGUUCUCCCUCUCUGUGGCGCCAGUUCCUUCUGGCUGGCAGCUGCGUUGCUCUCUGCGUCGUACAGGACAGCUCCGCGAUCCGAGGGAGAGGACAGUAUUCUCUGUUGCAACCCGACGGUAGUCCGCAGCGCGCGGAAGACUCCACUUCUCCACCUCUCCUUGCUCUGUCGCACUCCCCUCGCGGGCGGGGAUUCAACGACUCGGGCCAACACGCCUUGGCGACUGACGUGGUCCCCGAGAGCGCGCUCGAAUCGCAAAAAAUUUAUACUGGCAUAGGCAGUUGUUCGACGAAUCCUUGUGGCGAAGCUGCCUACUGCAGAGAUUAUCCCUCGGGACACGGAUGCACUUGCCACUUGGGAUUCUUCUGGGAUGGUCAACAGUGCGUCUCGAUCAGGGAAAACAACUUGUGUGCACCCGGAGAACCUGUGGACGUGAACGUGCAGAACGUGUACGAAUGCACGUGUUCUCCCGGCUACGAAAAAGGGACAAGCACAUUACCAAACGGCGCGGAUGUCGAAACCUGCGUGCGAGUAACAUGCCCAGAAGCAUACUACCUUGACGGAGACACAUGCAAACCUGCCACAGACGACCUGUGCAGUCCUGGAGAACUAGGCGAACAGCAGAAUCGGAACGAGUACACGUGUACGUGUCCGGAAACCCAUUUCGUUGAGACCUUCGUUGGUGCGGGAGAUGUCAAUCUUCAAAGGUGUACCCCGGAUCCAUGCUAUCAACAGUGUUCACCGGGAACAUGCACUCGGUCUCCCUCUGAGGCUUCUGGGUACACGUGUCGGUGCCCGGAAAAUUACAGUGUUGCAACGACGGACAUUGGGCAAGUGUGCAAGGCGGGGCCGUGCGCAGGAAAUCCUUGUGGUCUUCCGGAGGAGGGUCACACUUGCACAGCCACGUCAGACGCCGGGUAUACCUGUUCAUGUGCCGAGGGUUACAUCUUCAACGGAACAUCAUGCGCACAGCCGGCGGUCAACCCCUGUACUCCGGGAACCGUUGUCGCUACAGGCGAGGUGAAUGGCUACACCUGUAGGUGUCCUGCAGGGUACGUGGCUGAGGAGGUCGCGGAUUCUGGCGAGGGAGCACAACAGCGAUGCUCUGCUGAACCGGCUGUUGACGUUUGUAACAACAAGUGCGAGUUUGGUACCUGUUCGCCAAGUCCGAGAGAAGGCUCGGACUCCCCGUACCACUGUGAGUGUGAGGCGGGUUACUCUGUUUCAACGGGACCCGACGGCGAGUACUGUGAACCGACUGUGUGUUCCAGCAACCCAUGUGGCGCAGCUGAGGCAGGCCACGUGUGUCAGAAAACGGGCGAGACCACGUAUGCAUGUACAUGUGCACGGGGGUUCUUUUUCAACGGCAAGACGUGCGAACAGGCAACGAAUACUCUGUGCAGUCCUGGAGAACUAGGCGAACAGCAGAAUCGGAACGAGUACACGUGUACGUGUCCGGAAACCCAUUUCGUUGAGACCUUCGUUGGUGCGGGAGAUGUCAAUCUUCAAAGGUGUACCCCGGAUCCAUGCUAUCAACAGUGUUCACCGGGAACAUGCACUCGGUCUCCCUCUGAGGCUUCUGGGUACACGUGUCGGUGCCCGGAAAAUUACAGUGUUGCAACGACGGACAUUGGGCAAGUGUGCAAGGCGGGGCCGUGCGCAGGAAAUCCUUGUGGUCUUCCGGAGGAGGGUCACUCAUGUGUGACGGAUGGGGAUUCGAAUUACAUGUGUUUCUGUGCGCCGGGGUACUACUUCGACGGUACGUCGUGCAAGAUGGCUAGGGACGAACUGUGCUCGCCGGGUGAGUUGGGGCCCCAGGCUGUCACGAACAAGUACACGUGCUCGUGUCCAGAGGGCUUCAACCGCGACAAGUUCAUGUCGGACGGCGGAGUCACCUUGGAGAGAUGCAAGGAGGAUGUCUGCUACAACAAGUGCGGGCUGGGUACCUGUAUUCAUGUUGAUUCGGAUGUGCCCACCUAUCGUUGCAUUUGUCCGAGUGGCUACACUGAGGCGGAUGACGGAAAGGCAUGCGUGAAGGAUCCUUGCUCGGAGUCUCCUUGCGGUCCUUCCUACGAGGGACACAAGUGCACGAAUGAGGGGGACGGGUACUCGUGUCUCUGUGCGAACGGGUACUUCCUGAAUGGAAACACCUGCGAAAUGGCUAUCAACCAUCGGUGCUGGCCCGGGGUGGUGGGGCCGCAAGUGCGCCCCAAUGAGUACACGUGCAAGUGCCCACCUUCGCACAUGGCCGAGGACUUUGAGGCGUCCGGAGGCGUCACGCUGCAGAAAUGCGUCCCAGAUCCGUGCAGCGGUCAGUGUGGCCACGGCAAAUGCUCCCGGACCGCCUCGACGAGCUGGGGGUACACGUGCGAGUGCGACGAGCACUAUUCCCGGGAGGAGUCGGAGGGGGGCGAGUUCUGCAAGGCGGGCCCCUGCGCGGACUCGCCGUGUGGAAACGCCGAGGACGGGAACCAGUGCACGAGCACAGGCGAGUCGACAUACUCCUGCGAGUGCGGCGAGGGAUUCUACUUUGACGGCGCUUCAUGCCAGCGUGCGACCGACGACCUGUGCAGCCCCGGCACUCUGGGGACUGUGGCCGCAAAUGCGUACACGUGCAACUGCGACGAAGGCUAUGUGGCGAAGGACUCCACGGUGGCCGAGAACGUCACUCUCCAGAGCUGUGUCGUCGACGUGUGCCACAACCGGUGCGCGGACGGAAGUUGCCGCGAAGACGCGUCGCGCACUGGGGGGUAUGCCUGCGACUGUUUCCCAGGCUACUCAGUGGCGACCGCUGACGACGGGGAGUUCUGUCAACCUGAUCCGUGCACGCUGCAUCCCUGCGGCGAGGGUGCGCCGCACCAGUGCACUCGGCACGAUGACACCCUCUACAGCUGCUUGUGUGCGGAAGGGUACUACUACGACGGCGCGACGUGUGCGCUUCCAACCGACGCCUUGUGCUCGCCAGGGACACUCGGUGACCUGGGUCUGAACGCGUACUCCUGCGUUUGCCCUCCCGGCCACAAAGUCGAGCGGCGCGAGGUGACGGAGUCGGUCGUUCUCGAGAGCUGCGCCGUCGACGUGUGCUUCAACCAGUGCGGAACUGGGGCUUGCGCGGAGAACCCUGCUGAGCCGGGAGGCUUCACGUGCGACUGCCCGCCAGGCUUUACCGUGAAGGCGACGGAGGACGGCCAGUUUUGCGAAGACGACCCGUGCUCACUGGAUCCCUGCGGCGUGUCGGAACGUGCGGAAUCGUGCGAAAACACGGGCGGCUCGAGCUACGCAUGCACGUGCGCAUCGGGAUUCUUCUUCGACGGCACGACAUGCCGAGAGGCCACGAACGACCUGUGCGAUCCUGGCGAGCUGGGCCCCCAAACCCAGGUGAACGAGUAUACCUGCAUCUGCGCCGUGGGCACAGUUGCGGAGGAUUUUGAGAGUGCAGGCAACGUGACGCUUCAGCGCUGCGUCGCGGACGCCUGCCUGCACGACCGCUGCGGCACCGGCAAGUGUACGCGGAACUCGGCGGCGGAGUUUGGGUACGAAUGCGAAUGCACGCCAGGGUUCAGCGUCGAGGCGACGGCCAGUGGACCGAGCUGCGUCCACGAUCCGUGCUCACUGUCUCCGUGCGGGGCCGUCGACGCCGGUCACACUUGCGUCAACCAGGGCGGCGAGGCGUAUGCGUGCACGUGUGCUCCCGGCUACUAUUUGAACGGAACCUCCUGCGAACCGCUGUCCGACAGCUUGUGUGAAGCAGGAACCGUGCAGCAAGAGGAAGACAACACGUACACGUGUGAGUGCCCGGAGACGCAUCAGCUGCAAGAGUACACCGGCCCCGCGGGCCUUCCCGUCCAGCGGUGUGUUGAAGACAUCUGCAGAGACCAGUGCCUGCCAGGCUCCUGUUCGUACGAUUCGUCGAAGAAUGCCGGGUACGCGUGCAUCUGUCCUCCGGGAUACCUCGUGCAGGUUGGGGCUGCUGUCACCGGCGGCGAACGAUGUCUGCCCGACGAAUGUCCCCUCGACUCCUGUGGAGACCCCGAGAAGGUCCAGUUGUGUCUUGUCGUUGAGGGAUCCCCGGUGUGUACAUGCAAAGACGGAUAUUUUUACAACAAGUUCACCGGGAAAUGCACAGUCGAAAAUCCGUGCGACUACAAUGUUUGUGGCGCGUCGGAGGCUGUGGAGAAAUGCAACUUCUUGGGCGGCGGGAAGUGGAGCUGUGAAUGCCGACGGGGAUUCCGCCUCGAAACCGCCAACGAGGAGCAGUCCUGCGUCCGUGCGAGCUUCUGCGAUGGAGAUCCGUGCGGCCCCACCGAUGUGAACAGGUGCGUAUCCACCCUGAAGGGAUACUCCUGUCGCUGCGGCGCCGGCUACAAAUUGGUUCGUAAACCGCAAAUGAAGUGCGAGCUCGCCAGCUGA